AUGGCAGAAAGUGAAUCCAGAUCAAUUGAUAUACAAGAUACUUUUUUUCUUCAGGAUCAAUCAUCUAAACCAUAUAUUGUUAAAUUUUCAACAACUAUGCUUUCAAUUUCUUUACAAAAUAAUGAUAAUCAAGAACGAUCAGUAUUAGAUAAUAAUACACAAUUGAUAUCAAUUGAUGAUAUUUAUGGAUGUUUAUGUAUGAAAGAUAAUAAAGAUCCAAUAAAAUGUCAUUUAAAUAUAUAUUUAUAUUCAUUACGGAAACCAAAAGGUAUUAUUGGAACAUUUUCUAAAAAACUAACUCUACAACGUUCACAAUUACUAUUGACAUAUGCAAAACUUAAUGACUAUGAAAGUAAUUUAGCUGUCGUUACACGAUGGCAUUAUUAUAUAGCAAAUGCUAUUUAUUUAAGACGUAAUCUUCCUCUUGAUAUUGUGACAACAAAACGUGAUAAACGUGCUCUUGUUUUUGUUAAUCCAGCUGGUGGUGCUGGCAAAGCUUAUCGUCUUGUUAUGGAAUAUGUUAUUGGUGUAUGGAGUGAAGCAGAAUUUACUUAUCAUAUCAUUAUAACAGAACGUGCUGGUCACGCUCGUGAUUAUGUGCAAUCUAUACAACUUGCUGAUUGGAGUGGUAUUGUUUUAGCAUCUGGUGAUGGACUUAUUUAUGAAGUUAUAAAUGGUCUUAUGAAUAGAGAUGAUUGGCAAGAAGCUCUUAAAUUACCUAUUGGACAUUUACCUUGCGGAUCCGGCAAUGCAUUUAUAACAAAUAUUGUACGUUAUAGCCAACAACCAAUUAUGAAAACAAUGGAAAAAUUUAUUGUUCAAGCUGCUGUAAUUAUUGCUACAUAUAAUGUCCUUCCAUUUGACAUGGCUGUAGUAGAUAUCUGUGAUGGACAACGACUAUUUUCUUUUCUUUGUAUUGAAUGGGCUAUUGUUGCUGAUGUUGACUGUGAUAGCGAACAGUAUCGUUUUCUGGGUGAAGCUCGAUUUACAGUCGAAGCCAUCAAACGCGUUAUUCAACCUCGUACUUAUAAUGGUUAUAUUGAUUACAUUCCAUAUGAUGCUGCUGAUGAUACAGUAAAUACAAAUCAGAUAACACCAAAUACAACAAUUGCUCAACUUCAUCGACAUUUAUUACCGUUCAAUGAAUCUAUUCCGACCGAUUCAACAGUAACUAAAUGGCGUCGUAUCAAUGGUCCAUUUGCUCAUGUAUUAAUUACAUCUAAAGCUUCAAUAUCAAAAGAUACUAUAGCAUCAACAAAAUCAACAUUAUCUGAUGGUUAUUUAACAUUACAAUAUAUACGUGCUGAUAGUUCAAUACGUAUGAAUCUUGCUAAAACAUUUACAACAAUGUCUGAUGGAAAAUAUCUUGAUUAUGAUUUUGUUGAAUGGAUGCCUAUACGUGCAUUUCGAAUUGUACCAAGUGAUACAAGUGGAAAUAUGAUGAUUGAUGGAGAAAAAGUUUCUUAUGGUCCUAUUCAAGGUGAAAUUUUACCAAGUAUAGGUCGAUGUAUGGGUAAACCACCAAAACUUGAUCAAGUGUCAAUAAAUCCAUAA